AUGGUGGCUGCCCAAGCGCCACACGCCCUGGCGCCCGGCCGCGUCCUGUCCGCGCACGCGGCCGCCACGAGCAGCUCCAAAGCGGCCGCCGCUCGUACCGAACGCACGCUGCUGCUCGCCGCGGCCGACAGAGAGGAAGCGAUCCACCCGCUGCCGUGGUUCCUCAGCCCCGAGUGGCCCAAGCGGCCGCUGCCGACGACGGCUCUGGACGCCCGUUCGCAGGCCGUUCCGGCGGCGCACCCGACGCGCUCUGCGUGUCUGCUGGUGCUCCUGUGCGGCUCGUCGGCGGCGUCGUCGUCGUCGUGCUUCGACGCCGGGUCCGAGUCGGAGCUCGAGCUCGGGCACCUGUUGAAGCGACCUGCGACGUCGCGCGACGUCGACGACGAAGCGGACAGCUCGAAGAAGUGCCUCCAGUUUCUAGUGGGACUCCUUGUGACGAUGGCCCUUGCGCUCGUGCUGCUGCUCGUGUUGCAGCCACGAGCGGGCGGGGCGCGAUGA